AUGGCCGACCUAGCCUCCAGCUAUUCGUCACCAGUCCCCAUCGCCGUCAUCGGUGGCACGGGAUUCUACGACCUUCCUGGCUUCAAGGCCGUCGCCUCACUCAACAUCACCACUCCAUGGGGCAACCCUGCCAGCCCCAUCGUCGUCCUCGAGCACGCCACGCCCGAAGGUCACACACUACCCGUAGCCUUCCUCUCCCGCCACGGCCUCAACCAUGAGUUCUCACCCGCCGACGUGCCCAACCGCGCCAACAUCGCCGCCCUCCGCCACAUCGGCGUGCGCUGCAUCGUCAGCUUCUCCGCCGCCGGCAGCCUGCGCGAGGAGAUCCGCCCCCGCGACUUCGUGGUCCCCGACCAAAUUAUCGACCGCACAUGGGGCCGGUCCAACAGCUUCUUCGAGCAAGGGCUCGUCUGCCACGUGCCCAUGGCCGACCCCUACGACGACGGCAUCCGCCAAGCCGUGCUGAAGUGCGCGGGCGUGCUCGAAGGCGGCGUCAAGCUGCACGACAAGGGCACGACGGUCGUGAUCCAGGGCCCCACUUUCUCCACGCGCGCCGAGAGCAAGAUGUACCGCCUGUGGGGCGGCGACGUCAUCAACAUGAGCACCUUUCCCGAGGCGAAGCUGGCGCGCGAGGCCGAGAUCGGGUACGGCCAGAUCAUCAUGAGCACCGACUACGAUUGCUGGAAGGGCGAGGAGGACGUCAGCGUCGAGAUGGUCAUGGGCCACAUGAAGGCCAACUUGGGGAACGCGAAGCAUCUGGUAGGUGCCGUCCUCGAUGAGCUGUCGAAGGAGCAGUAUGGGGAUUUGCGGGCGGGGAAAGCCUGGGAAGGACAGCGCAGGUUCGGCGUCAGCACGAAGAAGGAGGGCAUGGGGAAGCAGGCCCUCGAGAAGCUGGAUUGGCUCUUCCCGGGAUACUUUACGGAUCAUGGGGGUCGUCCCGCGUGA